AUGACGUCCGGUAAUUCAAGUCCCAGCUCACUGGGUAAACCGACGGGUGGAUCAAAGACAUCAUUCGAAGACAAUCUUAUUGCUGGAUUGGAAUCUGUUUGUAGUUUUUUCGACAAUGUGUAUUUUGCCAAGAGUUUAGGAAUUAUUGGUGAGAAUAAUUUCCUGUAUAGACGUUUGAAUAAAGGUGGUUGGGGAUCCAAAUUGUGGUUUGUCACACUGUUACUCUCAGUGAGAAAAUGCCUUCGCCAGAUAUUUCAGAUAGUAAGAAAUAGGAUUAGAUUGAAGACAGAGAUUAAGGGUAUGGACAAGAAUGGCAAAGGGCUUAUGAACGAUGUAUUGAAGGAGAAAAUUUUGCUGAUGUUGCAGAAGAGCAAUGCGAUGAUGAGAGAAACCUUGCUUGACCUUUUACAAAAUUCAGUCUAUCUCAUGAUCGUGGUGAUAGAUGUGUUCAAGUUAAAUAUACCAAAAAGAGCAAGACAAAUUCUAGAGCCAUUGUCGAAUUUUGUCACGAUUAUGAGAUUUUUCACCAUGGGAUUUUCGUCAGUAGAUGUAUGA